GUGGUGACAUGGAGACUGAAAUAAACUGCUCUGAAUUUUGUGAUAGUUUUCCUGGCCAGGAACUGGAUCAGAGACCCAUUCAUGAUCUCUGCAGGACAACAAUUACCUCUUCCCAGCACAGCAGUCCAUCCAUCUCAUUAUCUCCUGCCCUCUUGGGUGUUGUUUGGACUUUUCUCAGCUGUGGACUACUUCUGAUGCUCUUCUUUCUUGCCUUCACAGUUCGCUGCAGGAAAAACAGGAUUGUGAAGAUGUCUAGCCCCAAUCUGAAUAUCGUGACCUUACUGGGCAGCUGUCUGACUUACAGUAGUGCUUACCUGUUUGGGAUUCAGGAUGUAGUAGUGGGGUGCUCCAUGGAAACUCUCAUUCAGAUAAGACUGUCCAUGCUGUGCAUUGGGACCUCCCUUGUGUUUGGCCCCAUUCUGGGGAAGAGCUGGCGACUCUACAAGGUGUUUACCCAGAGGGUUCCUGACAAGAGAGUGAUUAUCAAAGACCUGCAGUUGCUGGGUUUGGUGGCAGCACUGGUGUUGGCUGAUGUGAUCCUGCUGAUGACAUGGGUGCUGACUGAUCCCAUCCAGUGCCUUCAGAUCCUUGGGGUCAGCAUGACGGUGACAGGGAGAGAUGUGUCCUGCCUUCUGACCAACACAUACUUCUGUGCUUCACAGUACUCUGAUGUCUGGAUUACUCUUGUUUUGGGAUGCAAGGGGCUGCUGCUGCUGUAUGGUACCUACCUGGCUGGCCUGACCGACCACGUCAGUUCUCCUCCUGUGAACCAGUCCUUGGCCAUCAUGGUCGGGGUCAACCUCCUGGUGCUCGCUGCUGGGCUGCUUUCUGUGGCUACCCGAUACUUGCACGCCUGGCCCAACCUGGUUUUUGGACUCACAUCUGGAGGCAUCUUUGUUUGCACUACCACAGUGAACUGCUGCAUCUUCGUUCCCCAGCUGAAGCAAUGGAAGGCAUUUGAAGGAGAAAACCAAACAAUCAGACACAUGGCCAAAUAUUUCAGCACUCCCAGCAAAACCUUCCAUACCCAGUUUGGUGAGGAGCAGAACUGCCACGCAAAGGGGGAGAAGAGCUCCAUGGAAAGGCUCCUCACAGAAAAAAAUGCUGUGAUUGAAAGCCUGCAGGAACAAGUAAACAAUGCCAAAGAGAAACUAGUGAGACUGAUGGCUGCUGAGUGCACCUAUGACUCCCCAGAGUGGGUAGUCCCACCCACCUCUUCCCAUGGCAAGGGUGUCCCAACUUCAGCCUCAGCCUAUGGGCUGGCAGAUCAGGAACCUUCGGGAUACCCCUGUGUCUCUCAGAAUGAUAUCCAUGUGGCUGCUGCAGACUACCCAGGCACCUCAGGACCUUUCCCAUGUGUGCACAGCCCCAGCACACCUGAGAGGAAUGCCAGCCCCUCCCCAGGCCAAAAGGAGAAGAUAUCUGACUUGAAAGGCUUUUCUGAUCAUUUAAACUCAGGUUGUAGCCAGAAGUCACAGGCUGAACAAAGCCACAGCCCAAAGAGACAAGACCAAGGACCCAUGGUCCUCAGCCAGACUUUCAUUCCCAGCAGAAGGGCCCAGGAACAGAGGCAGAGCUCAGAGGAACCCCCAGAGAGGCUACCUCGGGUCAGUUCAGUGGUCAGAGAGAAGCUUCGGGAAGUCUUACAAGAGCUGGACCUGGGUCCUGAGGCAUCCCUCUCCACUACCCCAUCUUCUCCCCAGCAGCCCUGGAAGAGCAGUGCCUCCCGCAGCCACCAGAAGCUGCUCUUUUCCAAGGAGCUGGGCUUCAGCCCACAUGUGGUGAGGAGGAGACGGGCAGCCCAGCACACUUGCUCACACCUCUCUUCCUCUGUGCCUUACUAUGUGGGGCAUCAUGCAGGUAGAACCACUUUUGGGGCACACAAUGGGCUGAAUGUGCAAAGUGGGGAUAGCCCCAGGCUAGAUGCUGAGAUACCAAGGCAGUCUUCCAGAAAACCCUCACCACCUACAGACCAUCAAGGGAGGCCAGGCACUCUGAGGGGCAGCAAGCAAUGUCAUACAGAGCCUCAGGGGGUCAGAGAGUGCCUUACAGCUUUUCCUCCCCGGCCUUCUGUUUCUGCCCAGGCACAAAGUUCCACCAUCCCACACCUACUCCCUUCACCAGACCUGCCUAGACGGUGGCAGCUUCAGCCCCCUGGAGCCCCCAUCUGUCCCUCCUUGUCUUCUCAGUGCAACUACCUUGACACUGAAUCCAGCAGCUCAGAUGAGUUCUUCUGCCACUGCCACCGACCCUACUGUGAAAUCUGCUUCCAGAGCUCCUCUGACUCCAGUGACAGUGGCACAUCAGACACUGACCCUGACCCUGCCAGAGGGCUGGGCUCCUGGGAAAAGCUAUGGGCCCGCUCCAAGCCCAUUGUGAACUUCAAAGAUGACUUGAAACCCACACUGGUUUGA